CCCCAUUCCACGGUCCACGCCGCCGUCCACCACCACCGAGCGCAAUGGCCAAGACCAGGUCGGCGGCGACGCCCCGCCCCUCCGCCUACGGCACCUCCACCGCUACCGCCAGGAUCUCCUUCCGCUCCCGCAAGAUCGUCAAGACGCCACCAGGCAAAGCCAAACCCCUCGCCGUAGCCACUGUGCCGCCACCGGCGCCGCCCACUCCGGUGCUGCCCGCGCUGUCCGCCCCGGGCGAGCUCGCGGCGGCGCUGCGCCACCUCGCGGCCGCCGACCCGCUCCUCUCCGAGGUCAUCGCCUCCACCGACGCGCCCGCCUUCACAUCCUCCCCCUCCCUCCCCGCCUUCCACUCCCUCGCGCGCUCCAUCCUCUACCAGCAGCUCGCCACCUCCGCCGCCGCCGCCAUCUACGCCCGCUUCCUCGCGCUCCUCCCCUCCGCCGCCGACGGCGCGGUGAGCCCCGCCGCCGUGCUCGCCCUCGCCGCCGCCGACCUGCGCGCCAUCGGCGUCUCCGGCCGCAAGGCCGCCUACCUCCACGACCUGGCCGCCAGGUUCGAGGCCGGGGACCUCUCCGAGUCCUCCGUCGCCGCCAUGGGCGAGGACGCGCUCCUCGCCCAGCUCACCAGGGUGAAGGGCAUCGGCGAGUGGACUGUCCACAUGUUCAUGAUCUUCUCGCUGCACCGCCCCGAUGUGCUGCCGUCCGGCGACCUUGGCGUGCGCAAGGGCGUGCAGGAGCUGUACAAGCUCAAGGCGCUGCCCAAGCCGGAGGAGAUGGCCGCAUUGUGCGAGCGCUGGCGCCCGUACCGGUCGGUCGGCGCCUGGUACAUGUGGCGUCUCCUCGAGAGCAAGGGCGCCGCGGUGAAGAAGGCGAAGAAGGGCAAUGCGAGCUCCUAGCUAGGUAUGUGUCAUCUGUGGGUGAUGCUAGUAUGUAUUUGUUGUACUCAAGCUGUUAACUUUAGUAGAUGGCAAUGUGGCAGAUGGUGCCUGGAUUAAUGAAGCAUCAUCGUGUGACAUUGUGACUUGUGUGUCUUGCCUUGUUAUCUUGAUGGUUGUAUCUUGGUGUACUUGUCCUGCCUUGUUAUCAAUAAAAUUUAGUUUCAUCCUGUUCUGA